AGAACCUCUUCUCCUUUUUAUCCUCCUCCUUGUCGUCCUCUCUCUCCCGUCUUUCUUUUUUAUUUCUUCUCCAUUUUGCUGACAGGCGCCUAGCAUGGACGUCGGAGUAAUCUGACGCUAAGAGCGGUAUCGCCUUCUGCGGAUGCGCAGCGCGGUAACGAAUCAUCGUCGCAUGUUGAUGACGUCACGAGUGUAGUUUUGUUUCCGUCUAUUUCAAGAGUAUCUGACUACAGAUCUUUCUGUUUCCUCGAGCUCACGCUUAGUGUGAUACUCUUGUUCAGAUUUCUAUCAGACCACAAGAAGAACAGAAAGUGCGCAAGAGUCUAAAGGCGCCACCUCCCCUUGUCCCCCUGUCCCCACCAGUGGCCACGCAGUGAGGUGUGUCCAAUGGCCUCCAGGCCGGGGCUGCCCAUGUGAGACGAGACCCAUAAGGGGAGUGAAGAGUUUCACACAGAGCAUGGCCUCGGCGAAAGAGGACGGCAGGGAUGCGACGCUGGCCCACAUUAAAGAAGAGGACUGUGAGUGGGGUGCACCGGAGGAUUUGUGUGUGAAACUGGAGGAUUGUGAAGGAAGGAUUUCGGUUUUCAAAGAGGAAGAACCCAAGGGGGAGAUCCUUGCGGUCAAAGUCGAGGAUUCGGAAGAUUUGUCCAUGGGGCUGGAGCUGCCAAAGCAUGAAAGUGGGAAUAUUUUAAAGUGGCGUAUCGGUGAAGAAUGGCAUUCCUGUUUACAGCCCUGGGCCACGAAGGCUACCCAGCAGAAUCUUCUAGAGCCAAAAUCUGAGCCUGAAGAGAAAAUCGAGGAAGGAGAAGAGCAGCAGUCGCCUCGGAGUGUGGCAGCGGAUAUCUUGGAGAAUUGCAGCUUCCCCGUGUCUUCGUCUGCUCAGACUUCCCCUCAGUGCGGCCUGAAGCAGAAACAGGACAACGGGAAGAUGAAGAAAUCGACAAGAGGAUCAAAGACAUCAACUUCUCUGCAGACAUCUUCACCAAAUGUUGUAAAACUGACUCCGAUGGAAGUCAUCACCCCUAACCGACCGCAAGGACUUAACACAGACCAAGAGGCUUUAUACACCAGCAAGAAGUGUGAAGAAGCCUUUAGAAACAAAUCUGACUGUAAAAGUAAGUCGAUGCAUACAAUUCAGAAGCAGUAUGCAUGUUCUGAAUGUGGCAAACUAUUUCCGCACAGAAACCGUCUUCAGACGCAUAAAAGAAUUCACACUGGUGAAAAGCCCUACCAUUGUGCUGAGUGUGGUAGGCAGUUCCCCCAUAACAGCGCUCUUCAGCGGCACACACGCGUUCAUACCGGAGAGAAGCCGUAUGGAUGUGCCGAAUGCGGAAAAACAUUUUCUCAUUACAGCAGUCUUCAUAAUCAUUCGAAAACUCACAUGGGAGAAAAGCCUUAUUGCUGUUCUGAAUGUGGUAAAGGAUUCUCCUUUUUAGGUAAUUUUCAUAACCACUUGAGAAUUCACAGCGGCGAGAAGCCUUAUUGUUGCAGUGAAUGUGGUAAACGGUUCAUACAAGCAAGCGAUCUACGGAGGCACAUCCGAAUUCACACUGGAGAGAAGCCUCACUGUUGUUCGGAAUGUGGCAAACGAUUCUCUUUGUCGAGCGCUCUUCAGAAGCACACACGCAUUCAUACGGGAGAAAAGCCAUAUGGCUGUUCUGAAUGUGGCAAACGAUUCACGGAUAGUAGCGCUCUUCACAGCCACAGCAGAUUCCACACGGGAGAAAAGCCGUAUUGCUGUUCAGAAUGUGGCAGACGAUGUGCUAAUCCUAGCAGUCUCCAGAGACACAUGAGGAUUCAUACUGGAGAAAGGCCAUGUUCUUGUUCUGAAUGUGGCAAGCAAUUCUUUGACCUCAACACUCUUCAGCGGCACACGCGGAUUCAUACGGGAGAGAAGCCUUAUUGCUGCUCUGAGUGUGGCAAACAAUUUGCUGACCGAAGCACUCUCCGGCAGCACACGCGGAUUCAUACUGGAGAGAAGCCGUACUGCUGCUCCGAAUGUGGUAAACGCUUUUCACAAAUGAGCAACCUUAACUACCACUCAAAUAUCCACGCUCGAGAGAAACUGAGAACUGAGGUAGGCGUGGAAAAAAACACCUGAAACCGUGUUGGGUUGCCGAGUACAGAAGAUCACCUCAAAAAAAAAAAAA